AUGCCCGGCUACGGCUACGGCAGUCGCGCGGAGUGGGGCGUGGAGAUUGUGAAAUAUCUGCAGCGGCGCGAGCAGUUGGGCAUGCGGUUCCUGUUGAUUGAUGCGGAGGUCGGGGUGCAGGGCGGGGAUAGGCGGGUUUUGGAGAUUCUGGUGAGGGGUGGGUUGGCGUUUACGCUGGUGUUGAGUAAGGUUGAUCGGAUUGUUGGGGGGGAGUGGGGGGAG